UCUCGUACACCAAAAUACCGACAAAAAUCCAGAAGCUACAAGAUAAGGAGCUGGUCCGAAAUCCAGAAGGAAUACUUUUAUGGCAUGUCAAAUGAGCUUUCUCCCCAUUCCAACGUUGCUAGUUUCAGUGACUGGACUGUCUAUCGAAUUGGCGGUGGACCACAAGCACCACGAUCAGCUCUGCCUAUUGGUGCAGAGCCUGCAGCAGACCUGACCAGGGUGGUUCCUGUUAACAUUAGCCAAGAUUUGCUUCAUCUUGUGCUAGCUGUUUCAUAUGCCAAGAAUCAAGAGGAAAUUAUUUCUAGUAAUGUUGCUGGGUUUGUUUAUAUUACAGAUAUUGAUGUUCAAAGGAGAAAAAUAACAUACCUUGCACCAUCAGCAGGAGAAUUACCUGGCAGAAUUUUGCUGUUGGGGACUUUAACGUGGUUAGAAACUUGAUGCAGAGGUGGAUUUCGUUAAUAUCACCUUUAAGGUGGGGCAAAUUGUUGCAGUUUAUAAGUAAGACUGACUGUCAUCCCAUACGUGAAAAAUGGAAGCGAAAUGAAAAUAGGUAGCUUGACAAAUAGCUGCUAUACUAGUAGGUUAUGGUGUUUGUUAACUACUAGUAUUAUUUGCUGCCUCCUUUUGAGACGGGUUAGCAUAGCUGAACAUGCUUGUUCAUCAAUAACAUCUGUUAAGUAACAAGUAUUUCAAUUGUCACCAUUCCCCUUCCUAAAACCCCCCAAAAAUUUCUGAAUCGUCCUUGGCCGGUUCUCGCUUGCGCAUACUGAACAGAAUGCUACACUUGACUAAAUUGAUGUGGAUUGAACAAUGAUAGUGUAGAUAGGGUGAACCUGAGAUGGUGCAUCAUUUUGUAUUGAAUUUUCUAUGCUGGUAACCAAGGCUGAUGUAUGAAACUAGUUAUGCUAGUGAAAUAUUAGCUCAGUUGAACGGGAUGGUUAUAGUGUUUGACUUUUGGCUUAGCAAU